GCCAAGCACUUCACGUCCGCAAAAAUAAAAAUAAUUUGAGCUGAAACAGUAACUGCAAUAUACCAAAACUUUCAAAAGUGCUCCAUACUUUGAAGUUUCGUAACUUAAACAUUACAAAAACGUUUGCAACUGAGCAAAGUGUGAAACAAAAAUCCAAAAAAUUGCAUGUCAUAAUUAGAAAUUUAUCUAUAAAAACAUUUAAAACCUUUUUAUAAUGCAUAGUGGUUGGCUCUGUGCAGCCGACAAGAAAAAACCUCGAUCUUUUAAGAAAAACCUUAAAAAGAGCAAUGUUUUGACAGAAUUACCAAUUCCAAUUAUAAAUCAUAAAUUUAUGAAACAGACUAAGAUAUUAAGUUUUUUCAAGACAAUCCAUAAAACUAGUAAAAAAAAUAAAGAAAUGUGCCUAAAUUCUACUCUGGAUUGCAUAAAUACAAACGCUAUCGAUUCCUCAACAACCGGAACGUGUAUAAAAUACAUUAACCGUGAGUAUGUUUGCAACACAUCACUCAAGGAAUCAGUUAUUCAUAUAUCAGAUUCUCCUGUACGUAUUCAAUGUACCUACUCAGAUGACUCAGUAUUAGAAUCAACAGAUUUUCAAAACUCAUCAGUAGAUUGUAUAAAUGAAGACUUUUCGCCAUGUAUUUUAACCACAAGUGAAAGAUUUCAGAAACUUGUUUCAAAUGGAGAAUACCAGCCUCCUUACCAGGCUCCAAAAAUAAACAAUGAAUUUUUUGAUCAAUCUUUUUAUUUUAUCAAUAAUAAAACUAUAAAAAAAUUUGCUGACAAUAACAAUUAUGAAAAUGUACCCGUAAAAUCAUUUGAUGACAUAGGAAACAUGGAGUGUAAUGAAAACAGUUUAACUUUAAAUCCACCUUCACCUAUUGUUUUUACAGAACAGUUUUCAGAAUGUUUAUUAAAUGAUGUUCAGUCACAGCCACCCUCUCCAUUAUUUUUUACUGAAUCUUACAACAGUUGUUUUUCUUAAACUUUAAUUUAAAGAUAAUCGAGUUGACCUUGAUGAUAACGACAGAAUAUUUUAUUUUGUAACCUAAGUUUCAAAAAGUAAAGAAAUAGAUGUAAAAC